AUUGUUGUGUUAUGUGUUUAGUUUUUAUAAUAUGUGUUUGUUAAUUAUCCGAUAACAAAAUUAUCGGUGAUGUUUAAAUGUUUGGAAAUUGUUUGGUGUGCAGGCGUCUUUAGUGCUUCUUAUGACGGAUCUGAAUCGUUCGAAGCCACUCGGAUUCUCCUGAGGUAGCUAUCUAGUCUUGGCUGAAUUUCUACGAUGGUCUUGAGCAAACCAAGGAGUUUAUCCAGGUUCUUGACUCCUUUUCGCUCCCAUUUUUUUUUGUCUGUGGGACAAUCUUAACGCAGAUUCGUACGAUGUUCAUUAUUUCUUUAUAAUAGAUUUUCAUGUUGUUUUCGGUCAGGUCAGUCGGAAAGCGCGAAACCAAAUCUUCUACUUGGUCGUACACUUCUUGAAUGUCGUCACCAAAUUUUUUAAUGUCAUCUUUGGUUGGUUAUUUAUUAACUUUGUCGGCCAUUUCGACUGAGUGACGGUUUUUUGUGUAAGCGUUCAACAAUCAAAAAUGAAUUCUUCUUCAUUAAGCCAUUAUAAUCGUUAUAAACAACUACAACAAUUAUCGAAUCCGGGCAGAGUGAUUAAUGAGUCUGAAGAUGCUAUUCUUUACAAAUUGGAAAAAAACUAUAACAUUUCAUUGGAUAUUUUUAAAUCACUUAAUUUUCCAUUUGCUGAAGCACGUGAAUAUGAAAGAAAUAUGAUUUUAAAAAAUUUAACGAGAACCAAGGAGAAGAGGAAUAAAAUUGUAUAUUUCUUAAUGGAUCCUUCUAUGAUAAAAGAUAUAUCAUCGCAAGAAAACAUAAUACUUGGACAAGAAUUGAUUGAUUAUCGAUUGUUCUAUCAAUUCAUAUCUUCAAUAUUCUAUGUUGGUCAAGGGAAAAAAAAUCGUCCACCAAAACAUUUAUUUUAUGCUAACAAAGAAAUUACGCAUCCGACAAAAUUGGAUUUAGAUCCAAAAUUCCGCAAAAUCCGGAAAAUAUGGGACCGUGGUUUGAAUCCAAUAUUGUUUAAUGCUUAUGAAGGUCUUACGCAACAAGAAGCACAAGCAAGAGAAGCCUUGCUAAUUGAAACCAUUGGCCUGUACAAACUCACCAAUCAGGUUUACGCCACUUAUAGAGAAAGAUGGAAGAUUAGUAUAAAUAAAAAAAGAAUAUUGGGAACAUAUUUACUAUGUAAAAUUUUCAAGAAAUAUUCUUCUGAAGAAGAACUGUGGAAGAAAGCUGCCAAAUUGGAAAUAGCUAGCAAAAAUGCUUGCGAAGAUGAUACCGAAGAUGAAAGUGAUUGAAAAAGCGAAACGUAUUUCCGAGUACAUGAACGACGAAAAUGGCGUGGCGUAAUGGUCAUUUUUCUUACUUUUCCCUGACCCAACAAGUUGAACUUUUGAUCAUUUUAAGAACUUAUGUCCAGCCAUUAUUUUA